ACUUGAGAAAGACGUUUGACCAGGAACCUCUCGGAAAAGAAGUGUCACUGGAACAAGAAGUGUUGCUGCAAUGUCGGCCACCUGAAGGCAUCCCAGCUGCUGAGGUGGAGUGGUUAAAGAACGAGGAAGUUAUCGACCCCGCAGAUGACAGGAACUUCUACAUCACCAUCGACCACAACCUGAUAAUCAAACAGGCUCGUCUGUCUGACACGGCCAACUACACCUGCGUGGCAAAGAACAUCGUGGCCAAGAGACGCAGCACCACUGCCACGGUCAUCGUCUACGUGAAUGGCGGCUGGUCAACAUGGACGGAGUGGUCGGUGUGCAACAGCCGCUGUGGCCGUGGUUACCAGAAACGCACUCGCAGCUGCACCAACCCAGCGCCGCUCAAUGGAGGCGCCAUCUGCGAAGGGCAAGGCAUCCAGAAGCUGCCGUGCAAUCCUCUGUGCCCAGUGGAUGGCCUGUGGACAGAGUGGAGUAAGUGGUCCACCUGUGGGACAGAGUGCACCCACUGGAGGAGGAGAGAAUGCAGCGCCCCGGCACCAAAAAACGGGGGAAAGGACUGUGAGGGCAUGGUGCUCCAGUCCAAGAACUGCACCGAUGGGCUGUGCAUGCAGAGUUCCUUAUAUCAGAAGUCCUCUGAGGCAAAAGACAAGAGUGAUUUGGGAAAUUCAUUGGCCCCCAGUACAGACGAUGUAGCUCUCUAUGUGGGUAUUGUCAUAGCGGUGAUCAUGUGCCUGGUUAUCUCCGUGGUUGUGGCGCUCUUCAUCUACAGGAAGAACCACCGAGACUUCAACUCUGACAUCAUCGAUUCCUCCGCCCUCAACGGAGGCUUCCAGCCGGUCAGCAUCAAGACGGCCCGCAAAGCUGAUCUCCUCACGGCGCCCCCUGAUCUGACCUCAGCGGCCGCCAUGUACCGCGGCCCGGUUUACGCCCUCCAUGAUGUGGCCGACAAAAUCCCCAUGACUAAUUCCCCUCUGCUGGACCCUCUUCCCAACCUGAAGAUUAAGGUGUACAACUCUUCGGGCUUAGUGACGCCACAGGACGACCUGGGAGGGGAAUUUUCCUCCAAACUGUCACCCAAGCUGCCGCACUGCCUGCUGGACAACAACGACAGCACGAUGGGCCGUCGCACGCAGACCCAGACGUUGCUCCGAACCAGGGAUCCGUCCUGCACCGCUCUGGGCUCCUUCAGCUCCCAGGGAGGACACCUCAUUGUGCCCAACUCAGGGGUGAGUCUGCUAAUUCCAGCCGGGGCCAUUCCUCAGGGCAGAGUGUAUGAAAUGUAUGUGACCGUUCAGAGGAAGGACAACAUGAGGCCCUCGGUGGAUGAUGGCCAAACAGUGCUGAGCCCCGUGGUGAGCUGCGGGCCCCCCGGGGCCCUGUUGACUCGGCCCGUCAUCAUCACCAUGCACCACUGUGCCGUGUGCGACGGCCAACAGGAUUGGUUGAUCCAGCUCAAGAGCCAGUCGCAGCAGAACCAGUGGGAGGAUGUGGUGGUGGUAGGAGAAGAAAACUUCACCACGCCGUGCUACAUCCAAAUGGAUGACGAGGCUUGCCACAUCCUGACGGAGACGCUGGGCACCUACUGCCUCGUGGGCCAAUCUCUCAGUGCUUCUACCAUCAAGCGCCUCAAACUGGCCAUCUUCGGGCCCGUCACCUGCCCCGGCAUGGAGUACCACAUCAGAGUCUACUGCCUGGACGACACGCAGGACGCGCUGAAGGAGGUCUUACAGAUGGAGAAGCAGAUGGGUGGGAAAUUGUUGGAUGAACCAAAGACUCUCAGCUUUAAAGACAGCACCCACAACCUGAGACUUUCCAUCCACGAUGUCCCCCACACGUUGUGGAAGAGCAAACUACUAGCCAAGUACCAGGAGCUUUCCUUCCAGCAAGUGUGGAACGGUUCACAGAGGAACCUCCACUGUUGCUUCACCUUGGAGCGAUUCUCUGCCAGCACCGUGGACCUGGCCUGCAAGAUAUGUGUUCGCCAAGUGGAGGGAGAAGGACAGAUUUUUCAGCUGGACACUACGCUGUCAGAGGACUCCCAGAGCAUCGACACGUCUCUGCUGGACCCCGCCAGCAACAUCACCACGCUGGUGGGGCCCAACGCCUUUCGUAUCCCCGUUUCCAUCCGACAGAAGUUGUGCGGCAGCCUGGACGCGCCGCAGACCAGAGGAAACGACUGGAGGAUGUUGGCCCACAAGCUCAACCUCGACAGGUAUCUUAACUACUUUGCCACCAAAUCCAGCCCGACAGGAGUGAUCCUGGACUUGUGGGAGGCCCAGCAUUUUCCCGACGGCAACCUCAGCCGCCUCGCCCAGGUACUGGAGGAGAUGGGACGCCAUGACAGCCUUGUUCCUGCUAUGACUGAGCACUGACACCUGCCCACCAGGGAGUGUGACAUUCCAGACACGAAGAAGAAAAAAAACAAAAAAGAAAAUAAAGGGAUGGGGACCGCCUCCCCCCCAAUCGAACGCUGGAGAGUCAGUCAUGUGGCAUCUCAAUGACAAACACACGUACACAAACGCUGCCUGAGUGUACAUUCAAAAGAAGUAAGAAGAUAGAAAACGGCAAGGUCUGCUCUGCCAUGACCCAGUUAAACAUUGGCAACAAAGGGUGUAAAAAAACUUGGAGAGUAAACAGGAAUCUCUGCCAGUCAUUUCUCUGGCUGUUCCUCUCUCUCUCUCUUUCUCUCUCUCUCUCUCUCUCUCUCUCUCUCUCUCUGGUACAACGACUUGAUAUUUUUGGCUCUCGUUUCCCUGGAAACAGCUUUCCGGUUAUUUGUAUGGACUGAGCGGAUGUGGAUGAUGCCCCUCGUAAUAUACAAGAGUUAGCAACACGCUAUCAGAGGUCAAAGGAUCAAAGGAGGAAGACUCGGAUCAGAGGAAGCGCCUCUCCCCUCUCCGGAUCCGUCUCCAUAGCAACUCCAUGGACAAGUAUGUGUUCUGUGAUAACAUAGUAUUUAAUAAUAUGCCUAUUUAUACAUAUCUUUUUUUUUUUUGUAUUUUAUGCUGCCUGUUAUUGAAUACUUUGCAGUGUCCUCUCAUUUUCUUUCUUCUUUCGUUACGUUUGACUGUAUCAUAGCACCACCUGGUGGACACCCGGUGCUGCAGCGUCUCACCCUGUCGGAUACAAGUGCAGAAGGAAAUCAAUGAUGUAAUCAUUUUUACAGGUUUUUUUUUUUAGUGUUGCUGUUGUAACUACUUUUAAUACGUUUUAGUCAUGUUAUGUAUGAUUAUUGAUUUUGUGUGCUUCUUUUACGUGAUUUUUUUAAGUUGUUAAAA